AUGUCAUGCUGCAAGGCGUACUACCACCCCGCUAUCUGUAAUUGUCAACAUCACACCGAGAAAGUGAGGGAGAUGAACCAGAAUCGAAAUGGAUUUAUUAGCCCACAAUAUCAGAGGGAGUUUACAACUGACUGGGAAGAAGCACAAGAUGUGCAAGAGUUAGAAGAAGCAAAAAGUGCAGAAAAAGAAUGGGCCGACAUCGCGCGAGCCAAAGCGGAGCUACAGAGAAGGGAGGAUGAGAUAGCGGCAAAGAUGAGCUCGAAUCGCAGUAUCAGCAGUGGUAGCAGUGGGCGGUCGAGCAAGGCUAUGUCUAGUGGGAUAUUCAGCGGUGUGACUAGCAACACGACCAACAGCAACACAAAAACACACCAACAACCACAAAUUAUCAUCCAGCAGGUGCACUCAAAAGCGCCUGUGGAUACGGGCGGCGGUAUGUGGGGGUUCGACGCACCGUCUCAGCUCCCAAUUUUAACAGCCGAUGGUCAGCUCGUUUACCCGCGCAAACCCAAGGCGAAGCCACCGCGCAGCGAGCGCAUACGCAGAGAGAAGGAAGAGGCGGCGAAGAGGGCGCAGGAGAAAGAACGCGAGGUAGCGCUGCAGGAGCAGUUUAAGAGGAGUGCUGAGACGAGGGAGAAGAGCGACUCGGAUGCUCUGGCUAGGCUGGAGAUGACUGCGAGCGAGAGUGCCAUGAGGGAGAAGCGGGAGAAAGAUAGGAGGGAGAGGGGAGUGGAUGGUAAUGGUGAUAUCGAUGCAAUUGAGGUGGUCCAGUCGGAUCAACCCCGCUAUCGAAGCCAGAGUUUGAUGAGCGAUCCAUUUAAGCAACAGCAACACCAGCAGCUCCAUAAAUCCAAAUCAUCACCGGCUCAACAACAGGACAAAAUGAAAGCAUACCCUAUUCCUGAACCAAUGAUGUCUAUGGCUUUUAGUGAUGGCAUUAGUGUGCCUGAUAACAAAGCGACGAAACAUGUCUCAGGAUGGAAGAAGCUGUUUAGGAAGUAG